AUGUCGGAUGUAGGUCUGGAGCACGAUGCAUACCACGCGGAGGAAAUGACGCCGGAGCAGCUAAUCACAGAGGAGAAGCUAAGUACUCAAUAUGUUGGAAUAAAUCUGGUUUGCAUGAUCGAAGUUAUUUUAGGAACAACUGGGAGGAAACAAGGCACAUCUUCAAAGGCAGCAUCCUUACCCUCCACCGAGUCAUUGCUCUGCAAGAUAUGGCUUGUGAGUACCAGCAGAUGCUUGAGAUUCUUAGAAAGGCCCCAUUUUUUGGCAGAUGGCGUGCUAAGCCAGGAUCCGUUGAUUCGUUUACAGUUCCACGGUGAUGACCAGAUCUUGAGGUUCUAUGCUGCAUCGCAGAGGCUGGUUCUUGAAGUUUCUUGAUUUCAUCACAAUUUUAGCAGUUUUGUGUACCAACUCUUUCAGCUUAUUUGUAGCAUGUGUGCUUCUGCACAAUACUGAAGUUUUGAACAGUGUUAGCCUGUAACAAACCUAUAAAGCCCUAUGAUGUUUGGCACCAUGAGGUGUUUAUAUGGAUCGGUAACUCUGUAACUCUUAUUAUUUUAAUUGUUGGAGAGGAAAAGAAAAGUAGAAGGAAUUGGCACACAAUAAAUAUGUUAACUCUA